UCAAAAUAUGUCCUCUUGAGCAGCAUGGAGGAUGCGGCUCGCGUUUGACCUUCUCGUAUUUAUUUCUGUACGUUAAUUCAGUAGUUAUUUGUGCUGAUCAUGUGUCUAGUUUAAUCCUUACCAGUGCUACAAACAGUUAUCUUUUUAUGUGGUGUUUCUAAGCUGCUACUGUAAGAAACUUGUAUGUGAAUCUUUGAAAAUGUCUGUGAAAAGAUCUGCCGUUCAAGCCACAUGGAUCAUUGGGAGAGUUAUAGGGACCAAAAUGAUAAAGACUGCUAAGGUUCGAGUCACCAGACUGUCGUUGGACCCUUACCUGCUCAAGUACUUCAACAAGAGGAAGACCUACUUUGCGCAUGAUGCCCUGCAGCAGUGCACUGUGGGAGAUAUCGUACUCCUCAAGGCUCUUCCUGAACCCAGGUCUAAACAUGUGAAACAUGAACUGGCGGAGAUUGUGUACAAAGUGGGCAGGGUAGUGGAUCCUUUGACAGGCAAACGAGUGGCAGGAGCAGAGUUUGUGGAGCCUCUGUCAGAACCUACAGAAAGUCUCUUGGGUGACACAACAUUAUCAGACAAACUGAAGGAACUGAACAUUUCUUCCACCUCCAGUGGAACUGAAGCUUUAACAACAUCACAAACAUGAUAAAGAACGGCACUAUUUCAAGUUGGAAUUAUCUGACCCUUUUUGGUUGUUGAACUAUCUAUAAUUGUUUUGAAUGAAUAGACAAAGUGGGUAUUAAAAACAUUCUCAAAACA